AUGAUGAAUGACGAGGCGGCGACCGCCCACAGCGAACAGAGAUCAGCUGGCGACGACUUUUUCGCAAGCAUUACAACGAGUCCGAACCGCGAUUUCACCGAGUUUCUGGGGCAGGCAGCACACCCCGAAGAGCGCCGAGAAUUAUGCGCGCGUUUUCGUUGCUGUUCGCUCUUCUGGAGAGACGGUGACGCGGAGCGGACGUUGAGAAUGCACGAGGCACUCGAGCGACCCGCAAAAAGCGGAAACAUGCGAAUGCGUCGCCGGUUUUUUGUUGCGCACAAUCGAUGUGCUGCUCCGCAGUGGCAGCCACUGCAUGCGACUCGUCUGCGCGUUCUUUGCGUCGACCUGCCACUGGCCCUGAACAUGAUGUCGCCAAUAGCCUGUUCCUGA